AUGUCUAUAGAUGUGAACAACGCGUUAACCCAGCAUAUUUUCAAUAACAUGCCGAUUCACUUGAUAUACAUCCGCGAAUUUCGUCUCAUGGACAGGGCUUCCGUUAAGGAUCACCUCCAAGUCUUGUUUUCAGAAGAAACCAUUCAGCAACGAUGCAAGGAUCAGCCCGACGACUCCAGGGAAACGGUCAUAACUAGUCUAUUGAAUGAGCAUGCACGAUACGCCAUUCUAUCUCACCGUUGGCUAAACAAGGAGCCAACGUACCAAGAGAUGCUUAUGUCUCAUAAACCUCCUGACGCUGGAUUCCUAAAGCUAAAGCAGUUUUGCGAGGCAGCGUCGAAGUACGGUAUCGAAUUCGCGUGGUCCGAUACUUGCUGUAUCGACAAAGCGAGCAGCUCUGAGCUCGAUGAAUCAAUUCGUUCUAUGUACCGCUGGUACCAGAAUGCUGCGAUAUGCCUCACCUUUCUUGCGGACACUACUGCCAUCGACAACCUACAGCAGGAUGAAUGGUUCACACGAGGGUGGACUUUACAGGAACUUUUAGCCCCAAAGAAAGUCAAAUUUUUCGGGAAAGGAUGGGUGCCCUUGACGAAUCUUGAGGUUGACCUGGACAAAGACAUGGUCUACGAAAGGCGCUCUCGCGGAGAGUCUGUUGAAAAUCCUGUCACCGCACAAAUGUUAGACAGACUAGCGAGCGCAACGGGAAUAGAUUCCUUCGACCUGGUCUCCUUUUACCCCGGUUCUUCGGACGUUCCAAAGCGAAUGGUGUGGGCUGCAAAGAGGAGGGUCACUAGAGGAGAAGACCGAGCGUACUCUUUGAUGGGAAUGUUUGGCGUCAGCCUCUCGAUUGCGUAUGGAGAGGGAGCAGACCAAGCCUUCUUCAGACUCAUGGACGCAAUUAUUCAGAUAUCAGAAGACCCUGCUGUGCUCGACUGGGCGGGCAUGCCCGCGUUCACUGGUCACCCAUCGCAGAUGCUACCUUCCUUACCCGACUGUUACCUUGGCUACACGGAUUCUAUGAGCGGAUAUUCGGUGUCGUUUGGGAAGGAACCGUUUGCGCUUACCAACAGGGGAUUGCGGAUUGCAAUGUUGAUACUACCCAUUACGGUUGCAAAUGUGACACCUUACAACACUGUCGUCCCUCAAGCUACCUUCCAUUGUCGAUCUUCAAAAUGGAUAGAGGACACGGUGGUGCAUGCGGAGGGGCCUUUUACGGUUAGCGCGAGAAACACCUAUGCCAUCGGCAUCUGGGGCUCUGGAUUUAUAGAUGGAGGAUCGCACCGAUGCUUUGGAUGCUUGUUGACACGCCACGGACGAUUGCCAGGAAUUUAUCAGAGUGAUGGCUGGUCCAAGAUGGUAUCGCGCAGUUUCAUUGUGCUGACCCCUUCUGGUGAACUGAUCAAUCCUGACCUGACGUCCCUCCACCCACACCUAGAGACCAUAUACGUGUAA